CUUACCCUACAGCUGAACCCCUACAAACAUCGCGACACUGGAAAUAAUUACAGGCAUCACUGUUUUACAUUUGAUGUUUUAUCCAAAGGAUGGCAACAUUUUAACUCUUUAGAGGCUCUGGAGAAUUUAGCCAGCUUUAAUAAAGGAAUUGCGUUUUUUCUCUGCCAUACGGAACGUCUUCAUUUUGGUCAUGAUCUAUUUCGUCUUAUUUCUUCUUUGUGCACGGCGAGGUUCGCUAGCCAAGGACCACCAUACCAAAGGCAGACUGAAUUAUCCAGUGCUGGAUGUGGGGGGAAAGGAAUUGGUGAUGGAGACAAACCACUCUCUACAACUUAACUGCAGGGGACGAUGGGAGCUCUCAUGGGCAUAUCCUGUGGGAGUGGCGAAGGAGCAGCCUAGCAUGGUGGUGGUGCAGUCACGCUGUGGGAAACAAGAGCAUCUAUACUGCAGUGGCCUCACACUGACCUCCGCCCAACCCCAACACACUGGGUCCUUCCACUGCCGGUACCAUCAAAGGAACAGGAAGCAGACAUCACUCUACGUCUACAUCACAGGCAGUCAGCAGCCAUUUGUGGAGGUGCAGACAGAGAUCCCUGAUGUAGUGUACAUGAAAGAGGGGGAACCCCUUGUGUUCCCCUGCAGGGUCACGGCUCCACACAUACCUGUGUCUCUAGUCAAGUUUCCAGGACAAAAGCUGAUUCCAGACCAGAAGGAUAUAAUCUGGGACAGUAAACAGGGUUUCAUCAUCCCAAAACCGACCUACCACUACAUUGGCCUCUUCUCCUGUGAGACUAGACUCAAUGGGGUUUUGUACAGUAUGAAAUAUCUGACCCACAGACCAGUGAAUAAGAUUCUAGAUGUGUACUUGAACAGUACAGGUCCUGUUCGUCAGCUACGGGGGGAGAGCUUUGCACUCGGCUGCAUCGUCACAGCUGAGUGGAACUCCAGAGUGUCCAUUAGCUGGAGCUAUCCAGGGCAGGCUAACAACUCAGCCUCCAUCAGUCGGCGUAUUGUUAAGGGGAGCUCCAGCGUGAUGUUCCACAGUGUACUGUCCAUUGGACAGCUAAGCCGCUCUGACCGUGGCAUCUAUACCUGUCAUGUCAAGAGUGGCCCCACCUUACGUGAAACCAACAUCUCUGUCACUGUCUAUGACCGACCCUUCAUUCGGCUAAAGCACAGACAUGGCCCCGUGGUGGAUGCCCUUGCUGGGCAGAAAUUCUAUCGCCUAUCCCCUAAACUCCGUGCCUUUCCCACACCAGAGAUCAUUUGGCUGAAGGAUGGAAUGGUGGCUGCAGAGAGCUGCUCUCGUUAUCAUGUGGAAGGCAGUUCACUCCUUAUUCGUGAUGUGGCAGAAGAGGAUGCUGGAGUCUACACUGUGCUGGCAGGAAUCCAGCAGUAUGGGCUGUACAGGAACCUCUCCGUUUCACUAAUGGUGAAUGUAAAGCCCCAGAUUGGGGAGAGGGCGGUGGCUCUGCAGGAUCCAGGGACAUACCCCCAUGGGAGCAGACAGACCCUGCUCUGCACAUCCCAGGGGUUUCCUCCACCCCAAAUACACUGGCUUUGGCACCCCUGUCCACAGAGAGGCCCGUGUGAACUGCCGUCCUACACAAAGAGACGUCCCGUUUUCAUGAAAACCAAUGUCACGUCUGGAGAGAACGCCAUCCUGAGUGUCGAUCAGAGACAGGAAGUCCUAGAGGGGAAGAAGAAGACAGUGGGGGUUCUCAUGGUGGCUCGGGCUGCUGUAUCUGGAGUGUAUCGCUGCAUCGCUUCCAACCAUAUAGGAAAAGACCACCGAGACAUCCACUUCUAUAUCACAGAUGUACCCAAUGGCUUCCACAUUGAUCUGGAGGAGGAGCCAAGGGAGGGCAGUGAUGGUCACCUGGCAUGUACAGCCAAUAAGUACCUGUACACUGUACUCUCUUGGAAACAAGCCAUGCCCACACACACAGUCAUGCCCACAGGGCCCACCCAGGACAUCAAACCCAUUCUAACUUCCACAGCUCCUAUCCAGGACAUUGUUGCUAACACCACAAGACCUGGCCUGGUCACUGAGCGGUUGAUAGGAGAAUUCUCGCACACUGUUCGCCUGACAUUACCAACCCUGACUGUGCAGGACUCCGGCACUUACAUCUGCAUUGCCCAUCAUCUGCUCUCUGGGGAGGAGUUGCACUUGGAGACCCAGCUGAAGGUCAUUGCUCUGGAGGCCCCUGUGCUCCUCCAGAAUCUCAGUGAAUGCAAUGUUAAUGUCAGCAGUUCCAUCACCCUGUCCUGCCCUGCUCUUGGAGUACCACAACCACAGAUCACAUGGUACAAGGACCACCGCAGGAUACAUCAGGGCUCUGGUAUUAUGUUGGCUCCUGGAGGUGGGACCCUACACAUUGAGCGAAUUACAGCAGAGGAUGAAGGGAUGUAUACCUGUGAGGCCACCAAUGAGAGAGGAUCUGUGGAGAGCUCUGCCAACAUCUGGGUUGAUGACUCUGCUUCCUCAUCUCUGGAGAUACCCACACUUACCUGUACAUGUGUGGUCGCCACUCUCUUCUGGCUGCUGCUCGCAUUCUUCAUACGCAAACUCAAACAGCCAAGUUCCCCAGGCGUCAAGGCGGAGUACCUGUCAAUUAUUCUUGCACCAGGGAAGGGGCCAUUGGAUGAGCAGUAUAAGAGGAUGCCUUAUGAUCCUGGUCAAUGGGAAUUCCCACAGGAUCGCCUCAAACUGGAAAAGCCUCUAGGUCAUGGUGCCUUUGGCAAGGUCAUGCAGGCAUCUGCCUUUGGCAUCAGUAACUCCAGCAGCUGUAGAACUGUGGCUGUGAAGAUGCUGAAAGAUGGAGCCACGCCCAGUGAGCAUAAAGCUCUGAUGACUGAGUUGAAGAUCCUGAUCCACAUUGGGCAUCAUCUCAAUGUGGUCAAUCUGCUUGGAGCUUGUACCAAACCAGGAGGGCCUCUGAUGGUGAUAGUCGAGUACUGUCACUAUGGUAAUCUGUCCAACUACCUGAAGACCAAGAGGAAUGUGUUCCUGCACAAGCAGAACCAUGUUUGGGACAAUGGGGGUAAGAAGAGGCUGGGCAGUGUGUCCAGCAGCCAGAGCAGCACCAGUUCUGGAUUUGAUGAUGAGCAAGAAAACACAGAGGACGAGGAGGGAUCCCUCUCAGGAUCUGGCACCUGUCUGCUUUUGAAGGACCUGAUUUCCUACAGCUUCCAGGUGGCCCGGGGGAUGGAGUUCCUGUCCUCCCGCAAGUGUAUCCAUCGGGAUCUGGCUGCCAGAAAUAUUCUUCUCUCUGAGAACAGUGUAGUGAAGAUUUGUGACUUUGGUCUGGCACAGGAUCUCUACAAAGACCCUGACUACAUCAGGAAAGGAGACGCCAGGUUGCCACUGAAAUGGAUGGCCCCAGAGUCCAUCUUCGAUAAGGUAUUCACCACCCAAAGUGAUGUGUGGUCCUUUGGUGUGCUCCUGUGGGAGAUAUUCUCUCUGGGGGCAUCUCCAUAUCCUGGUCUCCAUAUCGAUGAAGAGUUCUGCCACAGACUGAGGGGGGGCACCCGAAUGUGUGCCCCGGAAUACAGCACCCCAGAAAUUUACAACAUUAUGCUGUCAUGCUGGAACACAAACCCAUUAGAGCGCCCCACUUUCACAGCACUGGUGGAGACCCUUGGAGACCUGCUUCAGCAGCGUGUGCAGCAGGAUGGGAAAGACUAUAUCCCCCUUAACUCCUUCCUGGAUUGCACUGCUCAGACUGAGCUCAACAACAUGCAGCUUGGCUUGCAACUGCAUGGCAACAGCAUGGGGAGUAUAAGAUUUAGCAGCCAGCCCUCAGCUAACCUGAUCAUGUUUGAGGAGCUGCCAUACACAGAUCCUCUUCCUGGAGAUUACCAGACAGACAGUGGGAUGGUUCUUCCUUCAGAGCAGUUACAGUCUAUGAAAUGGAGUGACAGAAAUAUGACACUGCCCUCAAACAGGUUACUUGGGGCCAGUAGGAUCAGGGAGUCUUCCAUCUGUCCCAUCACAAAGCACCCCUAGUGGCCAUGAGGAAGAGUAGUUUUCUGCCUUACUCUGCCUCCUUCUUCAUAACAUGUCCACCUAUACAGCAACUACACAGCACCCAAGAUCCAUAUAUUUGCAUAACAAUGAAUACCCACACUACGUACAUUACAACACCUGACAUGCCUGUCACCUAGCCACAACAGCUCUUAAUGGUUUUCAAAAAGUGUUUUUGUCUGCAAAAGUGGAAUUUCAUGAUUUUAGAAAGCCUUACAUAAUGUGGGCAGUGACAGCUUUGAUACUGAAGUCUUGAUAAUACUGGAAUUUUGGAAAACAUUCUAAGGUUACAGAAAUGCAUGUGAAUUAAAACAGCUAUCGCGAAAGAUACACCCACACUUCCUCAACUAUAAAACACAGACCUCACACCCACACCUCAGAUGCCCCAAACCUUAACGAUAAACCGAUUCCCACACAUCCUCAACCAUAAAUGCAUACUCCCCAUAGCUUAUCUGAUGCCCCACAAAAUCUCAACGGCCUCCCUGCAGUUCCUCUGCAAUAAAAAACAUCAUGCACAGCAAAACCCAGAUGACCCACAUCUACUCAGUAAAACACAGAUGCCCCUCACCUCCUAGGCAGCUAACACCAUUCAGAAAAUGUGUGGAUGUGAGCUGCACUUGGAGCCGGCAUUCUCCCCAAGUAAUGCAGCUUCGCUAGAGCAGCUGAAAGGAGUUACCAACAUGUACUACCUGCUGGUUUGCCAUCUGCUGCUUAAUACAACACUGUUCAUGUCAUUAUUAAAUGAUGUAUUGGUACUAUUCAUUAUCUUUAUAAUUGUAUAGCAAUAUUAUCAUAAAAAACAAUAUGUUCUUACUGCUAACAAUGUAUCCUGAUAGUGUUGUUUUCAUACCUUAUUUUUAAUAAUAAUGUUUCAUAUUUAUAUUAAUAAUAAAUGUUAUUCAUCUUAAAGCAUACUCACAGGGCACAGUAAUGUUGUGGUUCUCAGCAUGCUAAUCUCUGUAACCUAUUUGCUCAUGAUAACCAUGUGAAACAUAUCACACAUUGCUUUUUAUUUAGUAAUGUCUGUAACCUACUCUCUGAUGUUACCACAUGGAAUAUGAAAGCACUGGAUCUGCAUCUUUUAGUAUCAUAACCUAUUUUAUAAUAUGUUAACAUGUGGAACACUACAUUACAAGAUCUAUAUUGUACUUAUGGUAGCAUGUGUAACAUGGCAGCCCUGGACUAUAUCUAUAAACCACAGAAAUGCCUCAAAUGUAGCAUGU